AAUCCUCCCGACCUCGCCGCCAGCUCGCAGACAUGGAGAUUCCCACCUGGCCCCGGGUGCCCUGCCCCGAGCCCGCCGUCGCUCGGACGCUCGUGCUCGGCUGGCUCCUCCUGCAGGUGGCCGGAGCCUCAGGCACCUCAGAGGUAGUGGUAGCAUAUAACUUAACUUGGAAAUCAAUUAAUUUCAAGACAAUUUUGGAGUGGGAACCCAAACCCAUCAAUCAUGUCUACACUGUUCGGAUAAGCCCUAGACUUGGGAACUGGAAGAGCAAAUGCUUCUACAUCAGAGACACAGAGUGUGACCUCACCGAUGAGAUUGUGAAGGACGUGACUCAGACAUACCGGGCACGGGUCUUGUCCUACCCAGCUGAUAUCAACGAUUACUAUGGGGACCCUCCGUUUACAGACUCCCCGGAGUUCACACCUUACGUGGACACAAAGCUUGGACAGGCAAAAAUUCAGAGUUUCAAACAAGUUGGGACAAAACUGAAUGUGACCAUACAAGAUGCACGCACCUUAGUCAGGAGGAACGGCACCUUCCAAAGCCUCCAGGAUGUUUUUGGCAAGAACUUAAGUUACACACUUUAUUACUGGAAAGCUUCAAGUACAGGAAAGAAAACAGCCCAGACAGACACUAACGAAUUUUUGAUUGAUGUGGAUGAAGGAGAAAACUACUGUUUCAGUGUUCAAGUAGCGAUACCAUCACGGAAGGCUAACCAGAAGAGUACAGAAAGUUCCACUGAAUGCACGAGCCAUGAGAAAGGAGUGCUCCUUGUCAUUGUAAUUGUGGCAGUGGUGGCCAUCAUCCUCACCAUUAUCCUGUCUGUGACCCUGUACAAGUGCAGGAAGGUGCGUGCGGGGCAGAGUGGGAAGGAGAGCUCCCCGCUCCAUACUGCAUAAAGCGCGGGCCCGGGGAGCUGCCAACCGUGCCCGAGUAUGUGUUGCACUGCGACCAAGGACUUUUAAGACAACAGAAUAUAUACAUGGAAACACAAAUGAGUAUUUUGGAGCAUGGAGACUCUUGGGCUCAAAGAAAGCUCUUGAUCUGACCUGUUCUCAUGAUUAGCAUUCUGGUUUCCCUGACAGCAUUAGACACUUUGGAAUGUAACGUACGGUACAACCAAUUCCAAGUUUUGAAAAUUUCUAUUUUAACACUAUGGCACCUUUUGCACAUAUCAUGCAUAGAAUGUAUAUUCUACACCCCAGAUGAAACCAGGUUGUCUAAUCAAAAACAAAUGAACAAAAAGCCUUAAAAAAAAA